CCUGAGCGGGUGGGCAAGCGGCUUCCGGUAAGGGUAACGAGAGGUGGCCGAGGCAGGGGGACAUCAAGGGACGUUCAGGCAGGGACCAUGGCGGACGGCGGCUCGGAGCGGGCUGAUGGGCGCAUCGUCAAGAUGGAGGUGGACUACAGCGCCACGGUGGAUCAGCGUCUGCCCGAGUGUGAGAAACUAGCCAAGGAAGGAAGACUUCAAGAAGUCAUUGAAACCCUGCUCUCUUUGGAAAAACAGACCCGUACUGCUUCUGAUAUGGUGUCUACAUCUCGUAUCUUAGUUGCAGUAGUGAAGAUGUGCUAUGAGGCUAAAGAAUGGGAUUUACUAAAUGAAAAUAUUAUGCUUUUGUCAAAAAGACGGAGUCAGUUAAAACAAGCUGUUGCAAAAAUGGUUCAACAAUGCUGUGCUUAUGUUGAGGAAAUCACAGACCUCCCAAUCAAACUUCGAUUAAUUGACACUCUACGAAUGGUUACAGAAGGAAAGAUUUAUGUUGAAAUUGAGCGUGCUCGACUAACUAAGACGUUAGCAACUAUCAAAGAGCAAAAUGGUGACGUCAAAGAGGCAGCCUCCAUUUUACAAGAGUUACAGGUGGAAACCUAUGGGUCAAUGGAAAAAAAAGAACGAGUGGAGUUUAUUUUGGAGCAAAUGAGACUCUGCCUAGCUGUGAAGGAUUACAUCCGUACACAGAUCAUCAGCAAGAAAAUUAACACCAAAUUUUUCCAAGAAGAAAACACAGAGAAAUUAAAGUUGAAAUACUAUAACUUAAUGAUUCAGCUGGAUCAACAUGAAGGCUCCUAUUUGUCUAUUUGUAAGCACUACAGAGCAAUAUAUGAUACUCCUUGUAUACAGGCAGAGAGUGAAAAGUGGCAACAGGCUUUGAAAAGUGUUGUCCUGUAUGUUAUCUUGGCUCCUUUUGAUAACGAACAGUCAGAUUUGGUUCACCGAAUAAGUGGUGACAAGAAAUUAGAAGAAAUUCCUAAAUAUAAGGAUCUUUUGAAACUUUUUACCACAAUGGAGCUGAUGCGUUGGUCUACACUUGUUGAAGACUAUGGAAUGGAAUUAAGAAAAGGUUCUCUCGAGAGCCCUGCAACUGAUGUUUUUGGUUAUACAGAAGAAGGUGAAAAAAGGUGGAAAGACUUGAAGAACAGAGUUGUUGAACAUAAUAUUAGAAUAAUGGCCAAGUAUUAUACAAGGAUAACAAUGAAGAGGAUGGCACAACUUCUGGAUCUGUCUGUUGAUGAGUCAGAGGCUUUUCUCUCAAAUCUCGUAGUAAACAAGACCAUCUUUGCUAAAGUAGACAGGUUGGCCGGAAUUAUCAACUUCCAGAGACCCAAGGAUCCGAAUAACUUAUUAAAUGACUGGUCUCAGAAACUGAACUCAUUGAUGUCUCUAGUUAACAAAACUACACACCUCAUAGCCAAAGAGGAGAUGAUACAUAAUCUACAAUAAGGGUCUCGAUGCCCUUAAUACUUUUAGAAAAGAGUUAAAAUUGGAAAUCAUUAAAAAAAAAAAAAAAAAGACUGUUAUGGUGUAUAUGUUGGGUUAUUUUCUUUUGUAUUCUCAGCUUCUUUGUCUAAAAUUUAAAAUAUAGUGAAUAUGUAUGAGGCCCCAUGCGCCCUUCCAACUCCCCGAUUUCAUUGUUAACUUUUCAUUUGCAGUUAGUACAAAAAUACACAUUUACACUGUCCAAGUGCUCAAAAAAUUGUGUCAUGACUUACCCAAAUGUUUUUCUAUCAUUGGAAACCUUUUUAGUUAUUAUUUGUUUUCAUUCAACUAACAACCAUAAUUAUAAUAAAAGCAGUAUAUGCAUGUUUAUUUUCUAUGGUUACCUGUGUUUCUGAACAUUUUACGGGGUAGUGAUUUAAGUGCUUUUAAAAAAAUUUUUUAAAGUGUUUUUUAAAUAAAUUUUGUUGUAAAUCUAUGAAUUAUUUAGUAGAAUUUUAAAAGGAACAUAGAGCAUAUAAGAACAUUUGGGAUAGAGUUGUGAUUUUUGAAGAGUUUAUAUUUUAGUAUGGUGGCAGAAAGUCUCUCGAUUGAGUAUGUAUGGAGGAGCUAUAUGGUAGACUAUAGACUUUUUUCCUCUUUUUUUCUAUUUCUUUUUUUUUUUAAUUUUUGAGUCAAACUGGUUUUAAUCACUGUAGCUUAUUUUUACCCCCUUCCCUUGGCUUGACCAGUUGCCGACAAAAUCAAGUGAUGUUGUGUUGGCACAAUUUAACAUCACACAGCCAUUUUUAUGAGACUGUGGCUUUAACUUACAGGUCUGGUUACAUCAUUAAUGCUCCAAAUUCAUUAGAUCCUUUUGAACACUGGAUAACAACCUAAAAUGCUUUAAAAAUGACCCCCCAAAAGACUUCAGGCCACUCACUUAGCAAAUGGUAUAAUAGUAUUAACAUUUUUUUUUUUUUCAGAAUUAAACAAAAGUAGUUUUACCAUCAAAAGGAACAUCUGAGAUUAAUUAACGAGCAAAUUUGGAAGUUUUUAAAAUUUAAUUUAUUUCAGAGAAAAUAGAAAAAUGAAACAAUGCUAGGUUAUUCAAAAUGAUGUUUAAAUGAAUAAAGUAUGAGGUCUACUUUUUCAAAAAUACAAAUGUAGAGAGAGGAAAAACAUUUCUCAUAAUACAUUUUCUGUGUAAUGGUCACUAAAUUGUCCUAUUUCAUGAUCCCAUGGCUGGGGAUGAUUCUGGGGCCUCUACUAUUUAUGCUGAGUCAUUGUGAAUAAUAAUAUAUUAAUCUAAUUUUAUUCUUAGAAAUUAAUGUAUUGGUCACAUUAAUAACAUCAACAUCUGCUAUCACUUAUCUUUCAAAACUAACCAAAAAUACGGCAAGCUGAGAAACAUUAGUUCACCCUAGCAGUAAGAAUAUGGUUUUAAUUUUCUUUUCAAUGAAAAGGAUAGAAAAUACAAUUUUUUUUGCAUUGUUAAUUUGUAAAUUGAGUUGGAGCUCAUUUGAAUUUUAACUUCUCAUUAACUUCAUCUUUCUGGGGACUCAUUCCCUUGUAUCUGCCAAACCUGGACUGUUUGGCCAAAUGUGUUGCUGCAAAGACCUUAGAUGCCCCUCAUUGGUUUUUAUUAACAUGCUUACACUCAACUAAGCUUUUGGUGUGUUCCGAUUUGCUCCAUUUGUAACUGUCCCAGUGACCGAAUCCCAAGCAAAUUUAACAGUACUGCUAACUUCUUAGUGUUACACAAAAGAAUCCAUGAGCCUAAGACGGUAAAAUAUUUGAGAUUUUUUUUUUAACCUAAAAUCCCGUCUAUCAUUUCAGACCUAAAGCCAGCAUUCAGGAAAAGGACAGAAUCCCUUUACUGUAAAUAUGGAGACAAUAAUACUUGAUUCAUUAUCAUUUUCAUUAGGUUACUAACCAGCAGGAGAGGUAAUGAGCCUCUGAUUUUUGUUUUUUUUUAAAUGCCUUUUUCCUUCUAUUUCUAUAUAACUUAUGUUUUUGAGUUCAAUAGCUAUUUCUGAAAUUAUCCUCAAUUUCCAUGUGCUUAUUACUGAAUCAUUGGAAAACUUUUAAGUUCAUGUUGUUUCAUUCUCUCUCCCAAGUAUGAAAUAUAUGAUAAAAGUACCUGUAUUGUUUGCAAUUCCUGGACAUAGCUGCAAUAAAAGCACUGAUUGUGGGUAUUUAAAAAAAAACAC